AUGGCUGUCGUUCGUCUAGCCGCCGUCGCGCUAGCCUUUGCGCUAUUACGUGUCAACAGCCCGCUCCAUACCGCCCUGGCGUUUGGCCUUUUGGGGUAUGCUAUCACCUCCCACUUGAUUCCAAGACUAGGUUCCAGUUUUAUUAAGGUAGGUCUCAAGGGAAGAGACUUGUCGAAAGCGCCGCCGGUCGACUUCAUUCCCGAGCUGAUGGGGGUGGUGCUGGCCGUGACGUACAUGGUGCUUUUGGUGUUGAUUGUGCCGUUCGUGUUCUUCAAGUACUUGGUGUCCUUCCUGGCCAUGUCCAACGACGACGAGCUCUCGGACUUGUUCAACACGCAGUAUCGCUCCAUAGAAAACAACCACAUGUUUCCGCACAAUAAGCUUGCGGAGUUCUUGAGUGGUGCGUUGUGUCUCUUGAGUACCAUUCUUCUAGGCUUCUUCGAUGAUCUCUUCGAUAUCAGAUGGAGACACAAGUUUUUCCUUCCUGCGGUGGCCUCGCUUCCAUUGCUCAUUGUCUACUAUGUCGACUUCAGUGUCACAUCCGUAGUGGUUCCCACGUUCAUCACCGCACAUCCUAUCGGAGAGACAUUCGUAGAGUAUUUGACGUCCUUUUUUGCUGCCUCUAAUGAGCUAGUCACCUACAUCACCAAUUUGAAAUUCACCACGUUGACCACUGACUACAACGUUGCGUCGAGCUCCGCGCCCAAGUUACUCGACUUGGGUAUCUUCUACUACGCCUACAUGUCUGCAUUGUCCAUUUUUGCUCCUAAUUCCAUCAACAUCUUGGCUGGAAUCAACGGUCUUGAAGUUGGCCAAUCUAUUGUUCUUGGUAUUAUUUUCUUGAUCAACGACAUGUGCUACUUGCUGAGCCCCUCGAUUUCCCAGGCUGCUUUCGACUCCCACAUGCUCUCUGCCAUCUUCAUCAUUCCAUUUUUGGGAGUCUCGCUCGGUUUGUUCCAGUACAACUUCUUCCCAGCCCGUGUGUUUGUGGGGGAUACAUACUGCUACUUCAGUGGAAUGGUUUUUGCUGUUGUCGGUAUCUUGGGCCAUUUCUCUAAGACUUUGUUGUUGUUUUUGGUGCCACAGAUUCUCAACUUCAUUUACUCCGUGCCUCAAUUAUUUAACAUCCUCCCAUGCCCUAGACAUAGACUUCCUAGAUAUAACGUCAAGGACAACCUCAUGUACCCAAGCUACGGCGAGCUUAAGGAAGGAUACAAAUUGGGCACUAUUCUUCUAUCGGUGUUGGCUUUCUUUAGGUUGAUUCUGGUUGAGAGAGACCAAAACAACCGUAUCACAAAGUUCUCCAAUUUGACCAUCAUCAACUUGACCUUGGUAUGGCUUGGACCAAUGAGGGAAGAUAUCUUGUGCAUAAUAAUAUUGGUGGGACAACUUCUUAUUGGAGUUUUGAUGAUUGCCACCCGUCAUACAGUAGGACCAUGGCUCUUUGGUUACGACAAUUUGUCGUGGGGCGCCAAGUGA